CGAGCGCUCGCGGGUGAAAAUAGAAAAGAAUGUUUUUGGAAUCCAAUUGGACUUGGUUGGCAGAACGAUGGGGCAAUAUGGCCGACUUGGCCGAGCGGGUGGACGAUCUGAUAUGCAGUUUCGACUCGGCUGGUGAGACGACCAUGGAUACGCUGUCGAUGCUGAUAUUCGGCUGGAUGCUGUUCGGUCUGGUGGUGCUGUGUGUCGGCAAGUACGUGUACAAUCGCUUCGUGCUGAACGAGCUCGCCAGCACUUCGUCGUCGUCGUCGGCGCAGCAUGGCAAAGACGGCCAUGCCUACCACGGCGAGAGUGUUGUGAUAGCGAGUGCCGUCGGAGCUGUCGGAGCCGCUGGAAGGCUCUUCGACAAGUCCAAGUCGGUAUCACCGUCGUCGACGUCCUUGUCGAGAGCAGGUACCGGUGGUGCAGGUGGCGGCGGUACUUCCGUCGCCGCCGCCGCCGGUGGUGCUGGUGCUGCUGCUGCUGGUGGUGGUAGCAGCAGCAGCGGCGGUGGUGUUAUCGGUGCUGUAGGUGGUGUUGGUGGUGCUGGUGCUGGCAGUGGUGGUGGUAGUGGCGGUACCAGUGUGGUAACGAGAUCACCGUCUCCUUCGACGGCCGGCUACGUGCCGCCGACACCGCCGGUGAGGAAACGCCUGACCAGGAAGACCUCCGGUGCCCUCAUCAGCCCGUCCAGGAGCUCCAGGGCUCUGCAUCUGCCGACCGCGACCGGAGCCGACACCGAGGCCGUGCGCUGGGUCAACGAACUCAUUGUGUGGCUGCACUACGAUCUGGUGAUCCUCAACGAACUCUUGGCUAGCUGGGUGGCAUCCCUCAACGACUUCACUGUCGGCUCCAAUGAUGAGCACGGCGUCGGCGUCGAAUUCGUCCGUGUUCUGCCGGAAACGCAUCCUCCUACCUUGUCGAACAUCUUCUGUGAGUGCGACUCAAAGAACGACGUGACUAUCACGUGCGACUGCGAAGCUACACCGGCUUUGCAGCUGAAGGCGUUUCGGCAACGGGGCGAUAGGCUAGAUGUCAAUCAUUAUCGGGUCAACGUCAACCGUUUCCGUGCUCGAUUAAACGUCGUCUGCAUCACCGAGAAACUGCUAGUCGAUCUGAAAUGCGACGGUUGGCCGGAGGUGAAGGUCUCUCUGGCGGCGGUGGGCACAAUAAAGAAAGAUCUGGACGAGAGCCAGUUGCAAGAAGUGGUUACGGAAAUCGUGGUGGGUGCUCUGCGAGGCACUAACGUUCACCUCAAUCUUUCUCAAUACCCCACCUGUCCUCGAUUAUGGAGAGAGCCACCUCCACAGCCGGGCUUCUUAUCGCCCAUACACUACGACAGCAUGAACGUCUCGAACUCGAUGCUACAGCCCCCGCUUCAACGUCUUCAAGCGCACUCCGCGACCUCGCCAGCACCGAUGCAAUAUGUGCCCGGCGAGAGGCGGCUGCUCGUGAAGGUCGUGAGGGCUGCCGACCUCGGCGGCCAGCAAGGCGCCUUGGAACCCUACUGCGUGGUGGAAUUGGAUGAACCUCCGCAGAAGAAUCAGACCGCCAUAAAGAAAGACACCAGGAAUCCGCUCUGGGAUGAGGCGUUCCUAUUCGACGUAAGUCACAACACGACCGAGGUGUUGUUGGAGGUGUUCGAUCACGUGAACAAAACCCAGAGAUUCUUGGGACUGGGAAUCGUGGGCGUUGAGGAGCUUCUCGCGAAUCCGAGCCAACGACAGAUCAUACCUCUUCAGGCACGACCAUACGAGGAGGAGGACAUUACCGGCACCCUCACGGUGGAGUUCCUAUUUAUCGAGGGUGCAGAGGUACCACAAAUCGGGACCAAGCCCUACAAGGUGAAGGAGACGAUAAAGCCGGUCUCGCCAAGUCGCAACUACAGCCAAACGAACAUCAUCAGCAACAAUAGUCUGAAUUACAACAAUGGUAACAGUACACUUAUCUUGUACGACUCUGCCGCCCAGUCGGAAGGGGACUACUUGACGAAUGGCAACGUGGAUUCACCGUUCAAGACCGGGCAGACGAAUGGUAAUAAAGGGACCUUGAUAGUACACAGCCAGCAGAGGCAGCCGGAGCGGCAGGUCGUGAAGGUCGCUCUAACGGAGAACGGAAACUGGCAGGAGAUAUCGCCGGAGCACGGUGUGAAGGAUGUCAGCGCUACCUCGGGACCAGAAAGCACACCCAAUUCCUCCAAUUCGGAAGAGAGAGGAAGGACACGGAGAAAACGACGCGAUUUCUUCGGCACGAUCAAGAAGCGAUUGAGCCGAUCCAAAACGAGAAGUAGAUCGGUGGGUCCCGAAGACGACAUUAACCAUGAGGACGCUCAUUCGAGAUCCAUAUCCGCCGACAGAGCCCGCGAUCCUGGAUCCGUGCAUCUGUCGGUGCCAGAACAAUCGAGACGAUCGAGUCUGAGCGAAGCCUCGGGUAUUAGCGGUACCUCAACGAGAACGUACGUUAACGAAGCUUCCACUCUCGUCCUUGAGACUUUGGAGAACGGCAUAAAGAAACACUACCUCGUACCACUUUCCCUCGCGCAGAAGAGCAAAUGGAGGAAAAAGGGCACAAAGCUGCACAUAUUUAAUGAUCAUACGUUUAUCGCCAAACACAUGCCUGGAGGAACGGUUUGCGAGGUGUGCAAGAGGACUCUCGCGCGAAGGCUCGGCAAGCAGGGCUACGAGUGUAGAGACUGUCUGAUGAAGUGUCACAAACACUGUCACGUGAAAGUCGAUAUGACGUGUCCCACGUCCACCAUUCAGAGCAUCGAGUUGUCCCUACUGCCAGUACUGAGCGAAUAGGAUAGGACGUACAUGAAGAUUCCUCAGCUCGAACGAAAACCCUCGACGCGCCGCCUCUGUUGACGAUAACGUUAUCGCGUUAUGCGACGCGACCUACUUUCUUGCGACACAUUGCACAGCAACUACUACUUCGGGAACGAUGAUCUUCAUUCGUGAGAGGCAUGUUUGGCACUUCAGUUUCUUCUAGGCUCAUCAUCACGUUGACCACUUUAUUCGCGCUCCGCGAAUUUCUUCCAUUUACGAAACGAAGGGACGACUGUUCCCGCUCGAAAGGAGUUUGCGUUUACGCAAACGCCUUAUUUCGAUGGCUGAACGAAAGCGCUCGUGAAAUUUUUCACGCGUAACGUAGGAUACGCACUAUCGCACACGAGUCAUACUUCCUCGCAACUAAGGUGGACGGAUUGAGGGCAGAAAAAAUAGAGACGAGAAAUCUACGGGAAUUUAUUCCUCAAACUUACGAGUCAUUAGAUCGCGGAUCGACGAUUUCGCCGAAUCAGUUUUCAUUCACAUUACUCAAUUCGUCGAUCUUACACGAAGGGGUAUCGCGCCUUCUAAUGAUAGUAACAAAAACCGAGAUCGUAAUCGAAGUAAUGGACAAACAUUGUCCCGUAAAGUGGAAAUCUCAAAAUUCACACAGUGAGGCGCAAAUCUCGAAAAAGCAUAAUCUCGAAAUUCGGAUAUCGAGGAACAAUCUUCUGAAAUUUGGCUUUUCAGGAAUAUUGGAAGCAUACAACUGCCCCGAAAUGUUAUAGAACUGAAAGAGAAAAGUCAUAAAAGUUGUAAAUAAAUACAAGUUACAUAAAACUGAAAAGAAUUAUAAAAGUGCUACGUUAUAUAAAAUCGAAAAGUUAUAAAAACUGUAUGUAACAUCGAAAUCUAUGCGAGGUAACCCAUUCCAAAUAAAAAAAAAAAAAAUUAUAAUGACGUCAAAAUGAUGAGAAAUGACUGAAAAACUAACUUUUCAAUCAUGAUCCGAUCAUUUUCUCGUCAUUUUGAUGUUAUUUUGUCGUCAUCGUGAUUUUAUUUUUAUUUUUCUUCUUUUUUUAAUUUUUAUAGUGUUACUUUCGUACCAGUUCUAUAUUUUAUAACAAAAAAAAACCAAAUUUUUUUGGUUUACUUAAAUAAAUGAAUAAAUAAUUAUUAUAUUAUAAGAAUUAUAUAUAUAUAGGAUUUUCUAUUCUGGGAGUUAUAAAUCGAUUAUAAAUCGAUUAAAUUAUUUUCUCGUUAUUUUGAUGUAAUUUUAAUGUCGUCGUGAUUUUAUUACUAUUAUUAUUAUUAUUAUUAUUAGGAUUAUCAUAGCAUUUUCUGUUUCUCAUGGAAUAUAUUAUAAAACUAUAUAUUAAAAAACUAUAUAUUAUAAAAAACCUUUUUUCGAAACAACAGUAAUAAUUUUUCAUUACAUUGUCUCUCUUAUUGAUUUCGGUAUUAAGACUUUUCAAGAUAAUAUGACGUGUUUGUUAUAUUUCGGGGAAAUUAUAAUUCAUGAAAUAGUUUCGAUAUUCGGAUUUCGAGAUUAUGACUUUUGUGAAAAUAGUUUCCGCUUUUCAAAUUUCGAUAGAUUUCUUCCGGGACAACGCACGUCCACCAUUGUGAAGUUCGCGAAAUGCACCGUAAUGCACCCGCGGAGAGUUAGUGGAAAAUAUUCACGUAAUUUUUAUUGUCACCCAGAGUUUCCUGUCGUAGUAAUCGUGACGUAGCUCUUCGCCACUUCGUCGUCGUCGUUAAAAUAAUAUGACCAGUUGCUUGCGUGCCGGCAAAAGGAGAUUCGUCUUCGUCGAUCUCGAGCAGGAUCGACGAAUUGAACUCACUUGCUCUGUAUGAUCGGUCAAAGCAGCCAAAGACGCGGCAGCGCAGUCAGACAUGAUGACCAUGUGAAGUAACGUAAACGUAAUCGACGACGAUAUAUUUAAUAAUGAUAAGUAGCGUUAAUCUCUCGCACACAUCAACAAUCUAUAUGAUAGAUUAUAAAUAAUCAGAAAAUAAUAUUAGGUAUAUGAUAAUGACAACAGCGAAAAGUAAACAGAAUGCACCAAAAAUAUUGUUGCAGCCGAUUUGUCGUAAUCGUUCGUUUAAGUUUUACGUUUAUGUUUGGAAAACACACACACAUACAUAUGCGGAAAAAAUGCUUUUGUAUCAAUAAAAUUAUGAUUGGUAUUAUGAAUAUAGUAUGUCCACGACGUAGAUGAUCUCGGAAAUCCGAUUAGUCCGACAGAACUCCAUCUAAUCAAUAAAGACCAAUUGGUCUGUAUCAAUUAUAUAAGCGGGACAAGAUGUUAAAGUUAUUUAUAAUGUAAUAUAAAUAACAAUAUAUUUAUUUACGAGUAAUUACCCGGGUAGAAAUGAUUAUGUGUAACUUUUGUUUCUGUAUGGACAUAUAAUUAUACGUAAUUAUAUUUAUUCACUGUGGAAAAAUGCUGCUAUAAAUGUUGCUAUACGAAAUAAAGUCGAAGUAAAUACUUCUGUCUCUGACAGCCAGUAUUGGGCAUUAAUCGAUUAAAAUUUCCUUUGGAUGAAAUAAUCGGCGAAUCAAUAAUGAAAAUUAAUUAAUUGCUACAUGUGAGAUCACAAAUAAUUUCAUCGAUUAAUGCAAUGAAUUAUUAAUCAUAUUUUGGUAUGAUUAAUUAUAUAUUAAUUAUAUACUGAUAUCAUUAAUUUAAUCAGUCGAUUGCUUUAUUUUAGAUUUUAGCUGUCUGAUUAUUAAUUUGCUGAUUAUUUUAGACAAAAUGUUAACAAUACGCUGGCAGCUUGGCAGUAAAUUCGAUCAAAAUCCCGCAAUAAAACUAUAACCACUUGCAUGGUUAUAUUAAGUUGGUGUUCUUGCGUCAGGACCUGCUGAUAUGAUUCGAUGACAGAUUGGCGUCAAGUUCUGCCGCUAAAUUGCGUGCUACAGAGUCUGGUUUCUACCAGAAAGUCUGGUUCCGGGCAUAGCAUGUUAGCUAGCUCUGUCAGAUUUUUGACGACAGUUUGGCAACAUCGUCACAUAAAACAGUUUUGUAGCCUUUCUGGCAUCAAAAAUUUAUAACAGACCCUGCGCAGGCUUAACUAUCUGGAUUAAUGCCUAACACUACUGGCAGUCAAUGAUGUCGGCAUAUUUAAUAGAGAAUGAAACUAUUCUUACCAUUUUUAUUCAAUAGCAUUUUUUCCGUGUGUAUAUAUAUAUAUAUAUAUAUACAUACAUGUAAUUAUAUAUGAUUAUAUAUAUGACAAUAUAUAAGGACAAAAAAUAUGUAUAUAUGGAUCACAUAUAUAAUUAUUUACAUAUAAUAUGUUAUUUUUUCGGAUCACAUGUUAAUACUUUGGACCUAAUAUAUUUUUUGAUAUUAUUAUUAUAUAUUAUAUAAUAUCAAUUGUAGUCAACAGAAUAGCAUCACUGGAAUGAAUUUUUCUGAUUCAAUAGCAACAUGUUGUUAAAAUUCACACAUUACAUAUUGUUUUAAUCAACUCGAGUUUAUUAGUUUUAAUAAUAUUGCUACUGAAUCAAAAAAGAAUAUUACCUCAAAUUAUGGCUCUGUCGAUCAAUUCUGUUGAUACGAUGGCAUUUAUUUUCCGUGCUGACAGCCACAUACAUACACACACGCACACCUUACGUAACUGUGUACCUGUAUAGUUUUGCCUUAAAUGCAAACGCGUCUAGUCACACGUUAUCGAAGGACGACGAUAGGCUGCCUUAUUUCCGUUAUUAUCGCGUUCACGGCGACGAGGCGCGCGAGACAAUUUGUUCGCGAUCCUGUCGAAAUACGUACACAUAGUGGACGCACAGACUAAUGCGGACACUUGACAUCGACAUAACACCUAGCAGUCCGCGGUGCAGUUCGAUCGAUAAUUUCGGGAAUCCGUUCCGAUCACAGAUGAUUCGCCCCGUGAAGCCAGCAAUGAUAUAAUCCGUCUUUAUGUUUAUUAUAAGGGGGACAAGCUGAUGAAAUUGUUUAUAUAACAUAAUAUGUAUAAUAAUAUAUUUAUUUACGAGCAAUAAUGUAUUGUCCGAAUUGUAUGGGAGAAUACUUCACACUCAGUGUAUUUCUAAGAAUGUUUUGUUCGUUUAUAUCUUUGUACGGUUAAAACGGGAAAGAUCUUGUCUGGAUACGACGAGCAACGUGUAGCAACGCAUCGAACCGCCAAGAUCCUACGAUAAACUAUGUAUAGUCAGUAAACUAUGUAUACCCAAACAGAACAGAAAAUCAUGACGGCGUCAAAACGGCGAGGAAAUGAUCGACUUGUGAUUGAAAAGUGAGUUUUGGUCGUUUUCUCGUCAUUUUGACAUUAUUUUGACGUCAUUGUGAUUGUUUCGUUCUGCUUGGGUAUACAUUUAGACUUUUUUUUACAUCUCGCUAUAACGAACAUUGUCGGAGUACAAAACGUAAUCAAAAGCGCAAACGGAGAAUCAACGUUCGAGCCUAGGCGCGAUGUAUAUUGAAAUAGCGAUAUAUUUACACGUUAUACGUGAAAGAAAGCGACACCGAUUUCCUCCGAAGAAGUCUGACGAGAUAGAAGUAACGACGAGAACAUUUCCCUCCUUACUUUCUCGUUUUGCAUUUUCGCAUCUGCAUUCUGGAGAACGUACGAGCAGCUCCGCGAUGUAACAACUUACUCCGAUCACAUCAUGCGGUCAGUGGAAGGAAAGUUGCAGCACUUCUUGUUUUUUUUUUUUUUUUUUUAACAAGUUCCGCGACGCAUCCGUAUCCGAUAGGAGAUAAUUUGUUUCUCGGUAAUUCUCAUAAGAUAAAUUUUCCUAUUGAAUACUUCGGAAGAGAGGUUGACGUGCUGCUAACUUUCUUCAACUGUCUCUACCACCAAUCGAGUCACUAAAGUCCAUAUCAAAUAUUAGAGAUUAAGAAUUGCAGAUUGAAGAUUCACGAACUUGACCAAUCAGAACAAAAUGAGCCAAGAUCGAAGUUUGUUGAUUCGUCGAUUCUUAUUUCUAAUUCUCAAUCUCCAAUACCCAAUCUGAUAUGAGCUUAAGGGGAAAUUUUAAUUUCAAUAGUCGAAAAAUGGGAAAUUUUCAUGAUUUUUUUUUAAGAAAACGAAUAAAGAUAUUAAUAUAAGAUUUUAGCCAUAUUAUUUAUCAUUGUUGUUGAAAACAUUAUUUUAAAAAGUUGAAAUUCCGCCCAGGUUUUUUGAUGAUGAGCGUUGAUGAUAACUGAUGGACGACAUUACAGCUCGUGCACUAAUUUAAAACAAAUGGGAUAAGAAAACUUUCAAACUGCUUUAUAUUUGCUGGAGGAUAAAUAUAAAACUUUUGGAGAAUUUCCAAAAAAUUAGUUUUUGUCCGAGACACUAAAAAGAAAAAGAG